AUGUCUGGUGUAUUGAGCCUCUUCUCGCUGCAGGACCGGACUGCCGUCAUCACUGGUGGGACGAGAGGAAUUGGCCAGUCGCUUGCGAUUGCUCUAGCAGAGGCUGGGGCCGACAUCGUGUUGAUACAGAGAGACUCCGAGAAUACUGCUACCAAGGAGCAGAUCGAGAAGCUUGGGAGAAAGGCGACCAUAUACGAGGCAGAUCUUUCCGAUCAAGGCCAAGUUGGCGGGCUGAUCAAGCGGAUCGUGUCAGACGGCCACGACUUGAGCAUAUUAGUGAACUGCGGUGGCAUACAAAGACGCCACCCUCCACAUGAGUUUCCAGAUGGCGAUUGGAACGAGGUACUCCAAGUCAACCUCAACACCGUCUUCACACUGUGCCGUGAUGUGGGAGCACAUAUGAUGACACGAAAAGGGCCUCACCGUGGCUCAAUCAUCAAUGUGAACCGUGCUGAUGACUGCGAGAUUGCAUCUCUAGUCUCUUUCCAAGGAGGCCUUAACGUACCUGCCUAUGCUGCAGCUAAAGGCGGAGUUGCACAAUUGACGAAAGCGCUGUCAAAUUCGUGGGCUGCACACGGCAUCAAUGUCAACGCUAUUGCUCCUGGAUACAUCCACACUGAUAUGAACGAUGCUUUAAUCAAGGACGAAAAGCGUGCAGCGAGUAUCUUAGAACGUAUUCCUGCUGGACGAUGGGGCUUGCCCGACGAUUUUGCUGGUUCCAUAGUAUAUCUUGCGAGUCGAGCAAGCCUGUAUGUGUCUGGAGAAAUCUUGACGGUGGAUGGAGGCUGGAUGGGUCGAUAA